AUGUUCCACCCACCCCCUCCCACAAGACCUCCUCACACUCAGCCCAAACCGACGCCAUUCACCUCUCUCCCCACCAACCAACUAGACGACAUCUACGCCAAACCGCCCCUUCGUCCCCAUCCCGGACACCUUCAACGCACGCGAACUGGGCCUCCUCCCCGGCUCGCCCAUCCGCCCGGGCCUGCUGGGCGUGACCGGACCGGUGUCGUGGCCGGGUUGUUGCUGACGCUGGCGGGCGCGAGCGAGGAGCUGAUCGUGUUCGACUACAUGUUGUCGCGCAUCGGGAUCGAGCCGGCUCGCGAGAAGCUGCUGGAGUCGCUCACCAAGGGGCUGAUGAACGUCGAUAUCAACGCGCCUGGCUUCCGCAACUUGGCGAACCUCAGGGCGAGCUGCUGGGAGGCCUUUGUCAAGGCCGUCGAGGCCGAGUAUGGCGGGUUUGAGGGCUAUAUCACGGGGUUCUUGGGGUUCACGGAGGAGGAGCUCGCAAAGAUCAAGAGUAACCUCAUUCGGCAGGACUGA